CCUUCCCGCCGCCGCCGCUGCUGCUUCUCUCUUGAGCUCGACGGUCCACAGAGCAGGAGGAGGAGAGGCACCUGCGACCCCUUUGCCUGUUGGCUCGCCCACCCAGCGGAGCGGGGGAAGAGGAGGGGAGGGAGCCCGUCGUGUCCCGGUCCGGGAGGCCGGCGUUCAUGUCGCCCCGGGGUCUGGAGAGGCCAGAGCCAAGGGUCCUGCGCUGGAAGGGAAUCUAAGAUGAAGUUAUGGGAUGUGGUGGCUGUCUGCGUGGUGCUACUCAACACAAUCUCGACCUUUCCUCUGCCCGCUGGUAAGACUGCUUCCGAGAAGGCCAACUCAGUGCUAAAGAGGACAGAAGAGGAACACCCUUCCAACAGGCUGCUGACUCCCUACGCCGGCCAAAUGAACUCUAAUAUGCCUGAGGAUUAUCCUAACCGGCUUGGUGAUGUAGUGGAUUUUAUUCAAGCCACUAUACAAAGACUGAAGCGGUCGCCCGAUAAACCAACUCCAUUUUUCUCGAAACGGGAAAGAAACCGGCAAAAUGCAGACAAAAACAGAAAUAAUUCCAGCAGCAGAAAGGGACGGAGAGGCCAAAGGGUCAAAAAUCGGGAUUGUGUCUUAGCUGAGAUACACUUAAACGUGACUGACUUGGGUUUGGGAUACACAACCAAAGAAGAGCUGAUUUUUCGAUAUUGUAGUGGUUCGUGCGAGUCUGCCGUAACCCUGUAUGACCAAAUAUUAAACAAUUUAACGCAAAACAGAAAGUUGGUCAGUGACAAAAUCAGACCACAGCCUUGUUGCAGACCCAUUGCUUUUGAUGAUGACCUUUCAUUUUUGGAUGAUGACCUAUCAACUUACCAUAUACUGAGAAAACAUUCCGCUAAAAAAUGUGGAUGCGUCUGAUGUCCUUUGGUGUUUGGACACUGCUAUGAUAUUGCAUUCCUGCUAAAAUGACAAAGAAGGGACCAAGGCUCCCCAAGAGAUGGAAUGGUGGCUCUGAAUGAAGGAAGAGGACCAAGCGUACAGGAGAACGGCAAUUGCGGGGAGCCUGGUUGAUUGAAAUCCAGUACAGGAUGAUUGGAGAAGAUACAACCAUUGGAGGUCUUUGUUUCUACAGGAACGCAAAUGGACAUCAGUGCUCAGGGCAGACAUCCAGGAUGGAUGAAGGUGACUGCCACCAUUUGCAUUGAGGUGAUCCACCAUUGGCAAAUAUUGGCUUAGCAGGUGCUUAAUAACACAGCCUCUGUUUGAGAAGUGGCUUUAUAACUUACCAAAUUAGAAUUAACAGUCACUACUGCUAGCCUUAACUUCAGAAUGUCAACCUGUCAGUUUAAGACAGACAUCCUCAAAAUGCUACCCUCCAGCUGAUUGGGUCUCCAACUCCCAGAAUUCCUGACCAUUCAACAAGCUGAUUAGGGCUUUGGGAGUUGGAGGCCCAAACAGCUGGAGGACCACAGUUUGAGGAUUCCUGAUUUAAGAGAAUUGCAAAUGGUGGUAAUUUUAGGAGUUUAUGAUUGAUGGGCAUCUAAGCCAUGUGCCAGCUAACACCUUUGAGAAAGAGAAUAUGGUUGAUGAAUUGCAAGAACCUUUAGGCAUAAUUGCCUUCUUUCUCGCUGUUCCCAGUAGAACCGCCUAUCCCACCAAGGCACAUGGCUUUCUCCCAUUGAAGUCUACUCAUGAGAAUUGUAGUUUGAACAGAUGCAAUAUCUAGCAUUUACCACUAGGGCAUUUACCACUGGGUAUAGACAGAUGAAGAUCCUACGAGCAGAGCAAGCAGGAACAUGGUGCGAAAUUAAAGAACAAAGUAACAGAAAAGGGAUUGGCAGUUACAAGGGUGUUAUAUUUGAAGGAGGACAAAAAUGCAUGGGUAGGGAAGACAAAAAGGUUGGCUCCACUGAAGCUACUGCACACAAAAAUAAUCACAUACACAACCCUGUGCUGGGUUUGAUUGUUUAAAGCAUAGUGUUUCAGAUUUUCUAACCCCUGGCAACUCUCCCAUGUCAAUUUGUUUGCCAAGCAAUUAUUUAGUUUCUUCAUUAAGCUGAUGCAGCAAGCCCUAUC